UGAGCCUCGGGCUCGGGCCUGGAGAAGCGGCUGCACCGCGAAGCCACGAGCGAGAUGGCAGAGUCCCCGCCGCCCGGCGCGGCUGCUGAAAGUUGCGGCGAGGACCCGGAGAGGGGCGGGGAGCGGCGUCCCGAAGAGCCGCUGGAGCCUCGCGGUGCUGCCGCCCGCGGCGCGGACCGGGAGGACGAGGCGGGGCCCUCGGAGCCGGACUCGCCGGUGGCCGCCCCCUUCUUCCUGCUCUACCCGGGCGAUGGAGGCGCGGGCUUCGCAGCGCGCCCGCCACCGCAGCGCUCCUGGAGGACCCCGCCGUCGCCCGGCUCCCCGCUGCCCUUCCUACUGCUGAGCUACCCGAGCGGCGGCAGCGGCGGCGGAGGCAAGCACCAUCCUAAUUAUCUCAUGGCUAACGAGCGCAUGAACCUGAUGAACAUGGCAAAGCUGAGCAUCAAGGGCUUGAUUGAGUCCGCUCUGAACCUGGGCCGGACCCUGGACUCUGACUACGCACCUCUCCAGCAGUUCUUCGUGGUGAUGGAACACUGCCUGAAACACGGCUUGAAAGCCAAGAAAACUUUUCUUGGACAAAAUAAAUCCUUCUGGGGGCCUCUAGAGCUGGUUGAAAAGCUUGUUCCAGAAGCUGCAGAGAUAACAGCAAGUGUAAAAGAUCUCCCAGGACUCAAGACACCGGUUGGCAGAGGAAGAGCCUGGCUUCGGUUGGCAUUAAUGCAAAAGAAGCUUUCUGAAUAUAUGAAAGCCUUGAUCAAUAAGAAGGAACUUCUCAGUGAGUUCUAUGAAGCCAAUGCCCUCAUGAUGGAAGAGGAAGGAGCUAUUAUCGCUGGUCUCCUGGUGGGUCUGAAUGUCAUCGAUGCCAAUUUCUGCAUGAAAGGAGAAGACCUGGACUCUCAGGUUGGAGUUAUAGAUUUUUCCAUGUAUCUCAAAGACGGAAACAGCAGUAAAGGCAGUGAAGGGGAUGGACAGAUUACUGCGAUUCUAGACCAGAAGAACUAUGUAGAAGAACUCAACAGACAUCUGAAUGCUACCGUAAACAACCUUCAGGGAAAAGUAGAUGCGUUAGAAAAAUCCAACACUAAAUUGACAGAGGAACUUGCCGUUGCCAACAACAGAAUUAUUACCUUACAAGAAGAAAUGGAACGAGUUAAAGAAGAAAGCUCCUAUCUACUGGAAUCCAAUCGGAAGGGUCCUAAGCAAGACAGAACUGCAGAAGGGCAAGCACUGAGCGAAGCCAGAAAGCAUCUAAAGGAGGAGACACAAUUACGACUGGAUGUUGAGAAGGAGCUGGAGCUGCAGAUCAGCAUGCGGCAGGAGAUGGAGCUGGCUAUGAAGAUGCUGGAGAAGGACGUCUGCGAGAAGCAGGAUGCCCUGGUGUCUCUGCGGCAGCAGCUGGAUGACCUCCGGGCUCUUAAGCAUGAGCUCGCCUUUAAGCUGCAGAGUUCAGACCUAGGAGUGAAACAGAAAAGUGAAUUAAACAGUCGCUUGGAAGAAAAGACCAAUCAGAUGGCUGCCACUAUUAAACAGCUGGAGCAGAGAUUGCGCCAGGCUGAGCGAGGCCGCCAGUCUGCUGAGCUGGACAACCGGCUCUUCAAACAGGACUUCGGAGACAAGAUCAACAGUCUGCAGCUGGAAGUGGAGGCACUCACCAGGCAGCGGACUCAGCUGGAGUUAGAACUGAAACAAGAAAAGGAGAGGAAGUCACAACCCAGGGGCACCCCAGGGAAGGGGACGCAGAGGCCGGAGCCGCGCAUGGAUGGGAAGCACAGAAUUCAAGAGGAAUAUGUGAAACUAAAGCAGCCGCUGGAAGAAGGCCAGAGGCUGCUAACUCCCCCUGUAGAGGAACAGGGUCAGCCCUCACUCUCUGAAAAGCCACAGGUGUGUCAGCUGUGCCAGGAAGAUGACAACCUUACAGAGCACACGUGUAAGAACUGCAGAGGAACCUUCUGUAAUGCCUGCACAACAAAUGAACUGCCUCUUCCUUCCAGCAUCAAGCCUGAGCGAGUGUGCAAUCCGUGUCACAAGCAGCUGAUAGAGCAGUAUUCCACCAGCCCAUCCUAAGAUUGGAGGCCAAGACCAGGCCAGAGUGUUUAUGCUGGGCCUCGCACGCGUCAGGCGCAAGGCACCAUGGAACCCAGUCCUUAGAGCCAAUCGUAGUUGGUAGGAAAGCAGGUCGGUGUCCGCAGGGAAGGCAGAGCUUCGAGCUGCUGUGACCUUUGCUCAUCUUCUCCAAUGAGUGUGUAAAUAAAUAAAUGCUGAGCCUUGCCCUUUAACACCUAAACAAGCCCAUUUGGGAGAACUUAGAAGGUAUCUUUGGGCACUUUCAUUUUCAUUAAGUGAUGAAGCUGGGCUGUAGCUGAGUGGGGAAGCGCUCCCGAGCCAGCUGAGGCCCCUGUCUACCUCAGCACCACUGCCAACACAAAAGCAGCCUUACACAGGCAUUCUGAGGGGCAGCCUGAGCCGUAAGGGAGGUAGACUAACAGGCGCUGCUCCAGUACUGCUGACAGUAUCCUCUCAGUUCUCAGGACCUACCUCUUUACCAAACUGUGAACCCAACCUCAGGGAAAGGAAUCAAGAGUAAUAUAAAUUCUGAAUGUAUUGAUAACAAUAUUGUAAUGCAUUAUAACUUCAGAACCAGAUUUUUUUUGUAGUACCUAUAAGAGUUUUCUUUAUGUGAACAAGAACAUCGGUUGCUUCCCACACCACAUGGCUCCAGAAGUAAGUAUGUGCACUCUUCAGAAUCCCUCCCACAGAGUAAGCCGAGUCACAACGGACAGUAAGACAUUCACAGACAGGGUUUGUCUUGUAAGUGGAAGAUGAAAGUAAAGCUAAGCCAGGUGCAUACAGCGUCACCUCUGAUUUGUUAAUGCCUGAGGACAGUUAACACAGCACUCACUAAACUGAUUAUUUGAUGACAGAUCAGAAGCCUCAGGGAGGGGUCUUGGAAAGGACAAUAUUCAAACAUCUCUUUGUGAAAAACCCUUGCAGAAAAGUGGGGGUACCCUGAAUAAAAGAUGGAAAGAAAUGGUUUACUUGCAAUGAUUAUGUUGUAUAGUUGUAUAUCUGGAUUGUCUGAUUCCAAUUCAGACUUGGGAAAACAUGAUUCUAUUCAGGUUUGGAAUUCUGGGGUAAAAAUGAUGACAAAUCCUAUCUCCUGAAAAGGGUUAAAACCUGGGAAAGGUAUUAUUAUUUCAGAAGUCUGACCUGCUGGUGAAGCUGAAGUUUAAGAGUUAAAGUUAGGGGAAAUAAAAUUAGUGAUUCUAA